GCAAGGCAAGGAACAAGGAUUGUUUGGGUGACAUGUCGAGCGUCUCACAAAAUGACGGACUCCGCACAAAUUGAGGCAAUAGAGAAAGAAUACAAGGAAAUAGAGGAUUCUAGAGCUUGGAAUCAAGUGUAUCAGAGAAUACGAGAUGAAGGAACGUUUGACCUGUCAUGUACUGAGGCAAGAAAGUCUGUCAAUAGGAACUUGAAUCGGUACCGAGAUGUUCUGCCAUAUGACCGCACCAGAAUAGUUCUCACAGACACAAAUACUGACUACAUAAAUGCAUCUCUUGUAAAGGCAGAAUGUGUGAAUCGGUCAUAUGUUCUGGCACAGGGGCCUUUGUCUCACACAACUCCACAUUUCUGGCUUAUGAUAUGGCAGCAGAAAAUUAAGGGUGUUAUCAUGCUCAACAAAAUAAUAGAAAAGAAUCAGAUAAAAUGUCACCAGUACUGGCCUCUUGGAGAGAGUGAGGGAGGUGAAGACUCUAUUGUUUUCUCCACUGUAGGCCUCAAGGUGGAUCUCCUUAGUGUGUCACGGCAUACUCACUAUAACUAUAGUACUUUAAGGUUAACAAAAACAUCAUCAGGUGAAAAUCGCCUGAUCUUACAUUUUCACUACACAACCUGGCCAGAUUUUGGUGUUCCUCAAUCUCCUGAAGCAUUUUACAAGUUCCUAAAUGUUGUAAGAGCAAGUGGUGUGUUGGAACCUGAUGUUGGUCCAGCAGUGGUUCACUGCUCAGCAGGAAUUGGCAGAUCAGGAACUUUUUGUCUCGUGGACACCAUUCUUAUGAUGUUGAGCAAAGGCCUGUGUGGAUCUGGUCAGGGAAAGGUGGUGGAUGUGUUACUGAAUAUGAGACGGCAGCGCAUGGGCCUCAUCCAGACACAUGACCAGCUGAGGUUUUCAUAUCAAGCAAUUGUUUAUGGUGCACACAAGCUUGUUGAAGUAAAUGGAAAGGAUCCUUGUGAAGAAAGCAGCAGUGAGGAGCCGUCCUUGGCAGAUGAGUCACCUCCUCAGCCUCCACCUCGCACAGACUCCCUCACUCGCUCCAUGAUAGAAAGUCAGUUAACACAGGAACUUCAAGAUGGCACCGGCACAGACACAGCACCAGAAGAUGAUGAAGAGGACUUUGAUGAGGACAGCAGAGGAAGUGCUCCAGGAAGGCCAUUACCUGAACCUCCCCAAUCUGAUGGUUCUGGUCCUGAUACUUCUCUAUCUCCCACCCCUGACCAUAAUAAUGCCACAUAAGGGGGAGGCAGUGGCGGCUCGUGACUGUUACUGAUGGGGGGGCUGUCUCACAUUCAGACAAAUAAAAUCUUAAAUGCUUUUAUUGUUAUUGUUUAACAUACCAUUGAUUGAUAGAUUAUAAAGAUAGAGAGAUAAUUAUUUAAUUCUUUAGGUCUUAUCCUAACAGUAAAUGCUUGAUUUCCUUAGUGCUGGCUUAGGCUAUUUGAAAAGGAAGUCCAUUCUCCUGUUCCUGUUUUGUGCAAACAGAUCAAUAACUUUUUCUUAACUUCUUAACUUCACAUCCACAGAGCCAUGUUUUCCUUUGGUACCAAUCACAAUUAAAACUGCGAAUAUACUUCUUGUUGUGGCUUACUCCUUCUUGCACAAUUUUAAUGUCUGGUAAUGGGCGAUUGUUUUAAUUGCUACCUUCUCUUGAAGUGUUAACUGUGAAAAAUUGAGUUCUUUCAAUGCAGAAACCGUCUUUGCUUCUUGUGCCAUUUUGCAAAAUACUGCUAGGCCUACUUGGGAAAAGAAAAAAAAAUACUAUCUUAUGAGAUGUUUCUGUGAUUUUACACCAUCUAUGAUAAUCAAGAUUGAGCACAAACCAUCACUGAUCAAUAAUAUUUUAAAAUCAUCCCUGACAAAUUGAAAAACACGAUCAAAAACAAGACCGACACAAGAACAUUCACCUAACCACAACAACAGUCGAGACAAGACUGCGCUGGACGCAGUCCACACUCGCCAUUCCGCCCGGGAAGCCUCCCCCCCCAUUUCUCCCCGCUUUCGUAUCAUUAAAUAGUAAAUAAUUUCCGUACUUCCUCAUUGUUUUGCAGUAUUUUUUUUUCAUAUAAACAUAUGAGAAUUGGUGUUUUCAUGUGAAUGAUAGUCAAACAUAAAUAAAUUAACAUGAUUUUCGUGAAUCCUAGAAAUCCACUGGGGGGGGCUGCAGUCUUGCAGUCCCUAUUGACGAGCCGCCACUGGGGGGAGGGGAGGUGACAGGGAGGGAGGUUUGAGACAAGAGAAAAGAAAGGAGAGGAAAGGGAAAAAGGGAGGAAGGGAAAGGCAGCAGAUAGAUGUGCAGCAGGUCUUAUUGUAUUCUGAUUGAAUUUUUAUUAGAAUUUUAAUCCUCACAUGAAUGGCGAGUUUGUCUUGCCAGUUUUGGUUCUUUAUUCCAAUUAAAUUUUUAUCAGAAUUUCAGUGCUUGCUUGACUGGUGAGUUUGUGGUCUUUUUUGGUUCAUUAUUCUGAUUAAAUAUUUAUUAAAAUUUCUGUGCAUUAUUGCAGUUGUACAUUAUAACAACCAUGUAUUGCCGUGUACCCUACUGUAUAUUGUUUGGUGAAGAUAAACAGCAAUCUGAUGUAGUGCAAAUCUCUAAAGGGAAUGGAUGUAAAUGAAGUGACAAAAAGGAUACACAAGAAAAGGGUAAAUGCUGACUUGAAGAGGGUAAUUUUAUGCAAAAUGAGAGAAUUUUGGCAGUAUUUGAGAGAGAGAGAGAGAGAGAGAGAGAGAGAGAGAGAGAGAUUACCAAACAUAAAAGUGCAAUAGACAGUCACAUCCCAGUCCUGAGGAUCUGAUAUCUGAAUCUCAGCACUGAGUGUGAGCCCCCUCUUCAAAUCUUCCUUCUGUUUUCUAAAUAUCAGUGUGUCAUAUUCUUAAAGUUACACUCAGUAAUACAGUAUUUUCAGUUAGUAUUUUUUGGGUCCCCUAAAUGAAUAACUGGAGAAUUUGGUUCAAAAGAAAAAAAAUGACUGACAGUUUUUACAAUUUUACAAAAUACUCUUGCUUGGACAAAAAAAAAAUCAAUCUGAAGAGAAAUUGGUUACUAUGCAAAUGUAGUCUACUACAUGAUUAAUUAUUUUCAUACCUCAAAAAGCCCCAGGUUUCUUAGGUUUCUUGUAGAGGCUCAAAGUUUUUUGGGUUUUUUUCUCCCCAUCCCAUCCACUCCAUGUUUCAUCCUGUAUUAUUCCAUUAUGUAGUUGGAAAGUUGUUUUUUUCUCUUUUGUUGUGAUCUGGAAUCAUUUUUCUUUAACAAACAUCUGACAGACCAUUCUAGAUGUAUAUUCAACUACCAUUUGAUACUCAAUUGCACAAUCUCCUUCCACAAUACUUAGGCAACCACUUAAUUUCCAAAAUCAACCUUUCUUUCUUUGUAAUGUGCCCACCAUGCACCAGGUGUACAUGGUCUUAUAUAAUGAACCCAGUUUCUCAUUUCAUAUUGUAAACCUUCAAUGUUUAUAUUUCAUAUACACCAGGUAUUCAGUAUAUGCCAAUUCAAAAUAUGCAAAUUCUGUCAUAUGCAACUAACUUAAAAGUACUGAAUAUUCUCAAUGUGUGAGAAAAAUUCCCUAUUUAUGCGAGUAGUGGUGGUGGUGGUGCAACUGGUUGGUGAGGUAAGGUGGUUGACUCACACUAGAGAGCACUGGGUGCAAAUGUUUUCUCACGCUUUCUUCGCACCGCACACGGGCCACAGUUUCUAAUUUUUGUUUGUUUACAAUGUCUUCUCAUAUUAUAUUUUACAAUUUAUCUUUACUAAUGUGUUUUGCUGUUGCUUUAAUGCUUUAUUUUUUUGUAAAAGUGCUAGAAUAAAAACUUAGAGGGUUAAAAAAUGGGCCAUGGAACAUAACCCCCUAUAAUUAAUGGGAUGAUAGGUUCUAUAUAUGUGAAUUCUCAUUAUGUGAGCUUUUUGCAGAACAUAACCCUCACACAUAAUAAAUACCUGAUGUACCUAAUAAUUGAACUAAUAAGUAUUAUAUGUGGCAUUGAGUCCCAUUAGUUCUUUCCUAAUAUCCUCAUAUUUUGUUUCAUGCUCAUGCCAGAUGUUUGUUAUUACACAUACUACUACCCAUAAUUAUUAAUUAUUGCUAAUACCCUCAUCCUCACAGCAAACUUACACUAGUGUCUAACAGCUAGGAGAAAUAGGAAGAAAAGAGAAGAUUGAGUUACCCUUCUCAUCUUCUUCUAUUAAGACACUUUCUAUUGCUUGCUUCCCCAAAGCCUUUAUCUGCCUUCAUUCAUCUUUUUGCUCUUACGGGAGCUACACAUCCUUUUAGCAAAACUUGUUUUCACCAGCUGAAUUCUUUUUGUUUCUACCAAAAGCACUGUGCUUUCGAUUGUUAGUAUGACUGCAAACGUCGCAAGUGUUUGAGGUCCCUGCCAUCUGUGGAUGAAGAUCCACAUCUGGAACGUUUGUAAUGUUGGGAAGUUGUUUGUACUUUUGAUGCUCAUUGUAAUAGGUGUGUGGGUUUGUCACACGAGCAGUUUCAACUUUCUGUGGAUAAUGUGAAGGUCCAGUUUGAGUGUAGAAAAUAUUCUGCCUCAGGUAAGAAACAGAAGCAUGUUUCCUCUUCUGUUAGUGAUAUUGAUAAGAGAAUGUGUAAGAUGGAGGAGACUUUGGACCUUCUCUCCCAGACUUUGUUUUCUCUCCAGGGUUCUUCCUUCUCAGGAUUUCAGGUUACUACUUAGGGUGCAUUUAUUUCAGUUGAUUCCCAACCGGGAAUGAGCAGGGUUCUCCCACCUGCCUCAGGUGUGCCAUGUGGUCGACCUGAUGAUCCCAGCUGGGGUAUGGGCUGCAUCCCCAUACCCCAGGUGAUGGAUGCUGGUGAGUACUGGUUCAAAUUGGUGCCAGUGAAGGCUUUGGGGCCAAGUGGGUUCCCUCCUGAUUGUGGUACAGGCAAGGCAGUGCAUAGUGUUUAGGAGACUAUAAGCAUUGGUUAUGGUAGUGAGGUUGGCAGCAGCUACACAGCUCCCAUGCCUGGCAGCCCUCCCCCUACCAAGAAUACAGAGGUUGGCAUCACCCAUAAGGCUUCCAUGCCCAGCAGCCAGACUCCUAUCUGGGACAUAGAGGGAGGUGUCUGUCCCAAGGCUCCCAUGUCUGGCAGCCAGCCUCUUUUCCCUAACAGUGGGGUAGAGCAGUUAGUUUCCUCUCAUGGCAGCCACCCACUUGUUCAAGAUGUGUUGGUUGAUGUCAGCCAUAUGGCUCCCAUGCAAGGCGACCAGCCUGCUAUCCUAACCAGCAGUUUAGGCCAUUACCUACCAGCUCCUUGCCAGAUGGCUGUCUUCCUUCCCCCUGAUGAUGGGAACAGAGUGGAUGAGGAGGAAGUGCCUUCCACCCUGGGGACUGGUUUUCCUUUUUUGCACCUCAUAUGCAUUGUGAGGGAGUUCCUUCAUUUGCCUUAACUUGAGGCUCUGUUCUCCUCUCAGCUUACUUGUGUGGAGCAAACACAAGGAUCAGCUGUGACCAGUCCUCCACCUAUGACACUAUCAUGCUCGCUUAUGGCUCAAGCUGUGUGUGAGAAGGUCCAGAAUAGGUCACUUUGUGAGUCUAAACUUUCUUCAGCUACCUUUCAGUUGCCAAAGGACUAGUAUGGCAGAGCAAGAUCCUUCUAUCUGCCAGAGGGCGCCACUGUGGAGCCUCCUCCAGUUAAUGAAGAAUUAUGUGAAGCUUGGGUGGAGUCAUGUUGUCUCUAUUCCUUCUCAGCUGUUGGCUCAUAAUUUUUUUUUUCUUUUUUUUUAUGUAGGAGGGACACUGGCCAAGGGUAACAAAAAUACAAUAAAAAAAAAAAUGCCCACUGAAAUGCCAGUCCCAUAAAAGGGUACAAAGCAGUAGUCAAAAAUUGAAGAAUAAGUGACUUGAAACCUCCCUCUUGAAGGAAUUCAAGUCAUAGGAAGGUGGAAAUACACAAGCAUUCAGGGAGUUCCAGAGUUUACCAGAGAAAGGGAUGAAUGAUUGAGAAUACUGGUUAACUCUUGCAUUAGAGAGGUGGAAAGAAUAGGGAUGAGAGAGAGAAGAAAGUCUUGUGCAGUGAGGCCACGGGAGGAGGGGAGGCAUGCAGUUAGCAAGAUCAGAAGAGCAGUUAGCAUGAAAAUAGCAGUAGAAGAGAGCUAGAGAUGCAACAUUGCGACAAUGAGAGAGAGGCUGAAGACAGUCAGUUAGAGGAGAGAAGUUGAUGAGACAAAAAGCUUUUGAUUCCACCCUGUCUAGAAGAGCAGUAUGAGUGGAACCCCCCAAACAUGUGAAGCAUACUCCAUACAUGGAUGGAUAAGGCCCUUGUACAGAGUUAGCAGCUGAGGGAGUGAGAAAAACUGGCGGAGACAUCUCAGAACGCCUAACUUUAUAGAAGCUGUUUUAGCUAGAGAUGAGGUGUGAAGUUUCCAGUUCAGAUUAUAAGUAAAGGACAGACCGAGGAUGUUCAGUGUAGAAGAGGGGGACAGUUGAGUCAUUGAAGAAGAGGGGAUAGUUGUCUGGAAGGUUGUGUCAAGUUGAUAGAUGGAGGAAUUGAGUUUUUGAGGCAUUGGACAAUACCAAGUUUGCUCUGCCCCAAUCAGAAAUUUUAGAAAGAUCAGAAGUCAAGCAUUCUGUGGCUUCCCUGCGUGAAAUGUUUACUUCCUGAAGGGUUGAACGUCUAUGAACAGCCGUGGAAAAGUGCUGGGUGGUAUCAUCAUCGUAGGAGUGGAUAGGACAAGAAGUUUGGUUUAGAAUAUCAUUAGUGAAUAAUAAGAAGAGAGUGGAUAACAGGACAGAACCCUGAGGAACACCACUGUUAAUAGAUUUAGGAGAAGAACAGUGAUUGUCUAUCACAGCAACAAUAGAACAGUCAGAAAGGAAACUUGAGAUAAAGUUACAGAGAGAAAGAUAGAAGCCGUAGGAGGGUAGUUUGGAAAUCAAAGCUUUGUGCCAGACUCUAUCAAAAACUUUUGAUAUAUCCAAGGCAACAGCAAAAGUUUCACCAAAAUCUCUAAAAGAGGAUGACCAAGACUCUGUAAGGAAAGCCAGAAGAUCACCAGUAGAGCGGCCUUGAUGGAACCCAUACUGGCGAUCAGAUAGAAGGUUGUGAAGUGAUAAAUGUUUAAGAAUCUUCCUGUUGAGGAUAGAUUCAAAAACUUUAGAUAGGCAGGAAAUUAAAGCAAUAGGACGGUAGUUUGAGGAUUUAGAACAGUCACCCUUUUUUAGGAACAGGCUGAAUGUAGGCAAACUUGUAGCAAGAAGGAAAGGUAGUUGACAGACAGAGCUGAAAGAGUUUGACUAGGCAAGGUACAAGCACGGAGGCACAGUUUCGGAGAACAAUAGGAGGGACCCCAUCAGGUCCAUAAGCCUUCCAAGGGUUUAGGCCAGCAAGGGCAUGGAAAACAUCAUUGCGAAGAAUUUUAAUAGGUAGCAUGUAGUAAUCAGAGGGUGGAAGAGAGGGAGCAACAAGCCCAGAAUCAUCCAAGGUAGAGUUUUUAGCAAAGGUUUGAGUGAAGAGUUCAGCUUUAGAAAUAGAUGUGAUAGCAGUGGUGCCAUUUUUUUUUUUUUUUCUUUUUUUAUGUAGGAAGGACACUGGCCAAGGCCAACAAAAAUCCAAUAGAAAAAAAAAUGCCCUCUGAAAUGCCAGUCCCAUAAAAGGGUCAAAGCAGUAGUCAAAAAUUGAUGAAUAAGUGUCUUGAAACCUCCCUCUUGAAGGAGUUCAAGUCAUAGGAAGGUGGAAAUACAUAAGCAGGCAGGAAGUUCCAGAGUUUACCAGAGAAAGGGAUGAAUGAUUGAGAAUACUGGUUAACUCUUGUAUUAGAGAGGUGGACAGAAUAGGGGUGAGAGAAAGAAGAAAGUCUUGUGCAGUGAGGCUGCAGGAGGAGGGGAGGCAUGCAGUUAGCAAGAUCAGAAGAGCAGUUAGCAUGAAAAUAGCGGUAGAAGACAGCUAGAGAUGCAACAUUGCGGUGGUGAGAGAGAGGCUGAAGACAGUCAAAGGAGAGGAGUUGAUGAGCUGAAAAGCUUUUGAUUCCACCCUGUCUAGAAGAGCAGUAUGAGUGGAACCCCCCCAGACAUGUGAAGCAUACUCCAUUCAUGGAUGGAUAAGGCCCUUGUACAGAGUUAGCAGCUGGAGGGGUGAGGAAAAACUGGCGGAGAUGUCUCAGAACGCCUAACUUCAUAGAAGUUGUUUUAGCUAGAGAUGAGAUGUGAAGUUUCCAGUUCAGAUUAUAAAUAAAGGACAGACCGAGGAUGUUCAGUGUAGAAGAGGGGGACAGUUGAGUGUCACUGAAGAAGAGAGGAUAGUUGUCUGGAAGGUUGUGUCGAGUUGAUAGAUGGAGGAAUUGAGUUUUUGAGGCACUGAACAAUACCAAGUUUGCUUUGCCCCAAUCAGAAAUUUUAGAAAGAUCAGAAGUCAAGCAUUCUGUGGCUUCCCUGCGUGAAAUGUUUACCUCUUGAAGGGUUGGACGUCUAUGAAAAGAUGUGGAAAAGUGCUGGGUGGUAUCAUCAGCGUAGGAGUGGAUAGGACAAGAAGUUUGGUUUAGAAGAUCAUUAAUAAAUAAUAAGAAGAGAGUGGGUGACAGGACAGAACCCUGAGGAACACCACUGUUAAUAGAUUUAGGAGAAGAACAGUGACCAUCUACCACAGCAGCAAUAGAAUGGUCAGAAAGGAAACUCGAGAUGAAGUUACAGAGAGAAGGAUAGAAGCCGUAGGAGGGUAGUUUGGAAAUCAAAGCUUUGUGCCAUACUCUAUCAAAAGCUUUUGAUAUGUCCAAGGCAACAGCAAAAGUUUCACCAAAAUCUCUAAAAGAGGAUGACCAAGACUGAGUAAGGAAAGCCAGAAGAUCACCAGUAGAGCAGCCUUGCUGGAACCCAUACUGGCGAUCAGAUAGAAGUUUGUGAAGUGAUAAAUGUUUAAGAAUCUUCCUGUUGAGGAUAGAUUCAAAAACUUUAGAUAGGCAGGAAGUUAAAGCAAUAGGACGGUAGUUUGAGGAAUUAGAACAGUCACCCUUUUUAGGAACAGGCUGAAUGCAGGCAAACUUGCAGCAAAAAGGAAAGGUAGAUGUUGACAGACAGAGCUGAAAGAGUUUGACUAGGCAAGGUGCAAGCACGGAGGCACAGUUUCGGAGAACAAUAGGAGGGACCCCAUGAGGUCCAUAAGCCUUCCGAGGGUUUAGGCCAGCGAGGGCAUGGAAAACAUCAUUGCAAAGAAUUUUAAUAGGUGGCAUGAAGUAGUCAGAGGGUGGAGGAGAGGGAGGAACAAGCCCAGAAUCAUGCAAGGUAGAGUUUUUAGCAAAGGUUUGAGCAAAGAGUUCAGCUUUAGAAAUAGAGGAGGGAAAGAAGAAGAAGCAAAGUUAUUGGAGAUAUUUUUGGCUAGAUGCCAGAAGUCACGAGGGGAGUUAGAUCUUGAAAGGUUUUGACACUUUCUGUUAAUGAAGAAGUUUUUCGCUAGUUGGAGAACAGACUUGGGAUGGUGCCGGACAGAAAUAUAAAGUGCAUGAGAUUCUGGUGAUGGAAGGCUUAAGUACCUUUUGUGGGCCACCUCUCUAUCAUGUAUAGCACGAGAACAAGGUGUGUUAAACCAAAGUUUGGAAGGUUUAGGUCAAGAAAAAGAGUGAGAAAUGUAUGCCUCCAUGCCAGACACUGUCACCUCUGUUAUACGCUCAGCACACAAAGAUGGGUCUCUGACAUGGAAGUAGUAGUCAUUCCAAGGAAAAUCAGCAAAAUACCUUCUCAGGUCCCCCCAAAAAGCAGAGGCAAAAUGCCAGAGACAUCUUCGCUUAGGGGGAUCCUGAGGAGGGAUUGGAGCAAUAGGACAAGAUACAGAUAUGAGAUUGUGAUCGGAGGAGCCCAAUGGAGAAGAAAGGGUGACAGCAUAAGCAGAAGGAUUAGAGGUCAGGAAAAGGUCAAGAAUGUUGGGCGUAUCUCCAAGACAGUCAGGAAUAUGAAUAGGGUGUUGCACCAAUUGCUCUAGGUCGUGGAGGAUAGCAAAGUUGUAGGCUAGUUCACCAGGAUGGUCAGUGAAGGGAGAGGAAAGCCAAAGCUGGUGGUGAACAUUGAAGUCUCCAAAAAUGGAGAUCUCUGCAAAAGGGAAGAGAUUCAGAAUGUGCUCCACUUUGGAAGUUAAGUAGUCAAAGAAUUUCUUAUAGUCAGAGGAGUUAGGUGAGAGGUAUACAGCAUAGAUGAAUUUAGUUUGAGAGUGACUCUGUAGUCGUAGCCAGAUGGUGGAAAACUCAGAAGAUUCAAGAGCGUGGGCACGAGAGCAGGUUAAGUCAUUGCGCACAUAAACGCAGCAUCCACCUUUGGAUCGAAAAUGAGGAUAGAGAAAGUAGGAGGGAAAAGAAAAGGGGCUACUGUCAGUUGCCUCAGACACCUGAGGUUUAGUGAGGAAAAGAAGAUGAGGUUUAGAAGAGGAGAGGUGGUGUUCUACAGAUUGAAAAUUAGAUCUUAGACUGCGAAUGUUGCAGAAGUUAAUGAAGAAAAAGUUGAGGGGGUCGAAAUAAAGGAGGGAAAGAAGAAGAAGCAAAGUUAUUGGAGAUAUUUUUGGCUAGAUCCCAGAAGUUACGAGGGGAGUUAGAUCUUGAAAGGUUUUGACACUUUCUGUUAAUGAAGGAGUUUUUGGCUAGUUGGAGAACAGACUUGGCAUGGUUCCGGGUAGAAAUAUAAAGCGCAUGAGAUUCUGGUGAUGGAAGGCUUAAAUACCUUUUGUGGGCCACCUCUUUAUCAUGUAUAGCACGAGUGCAAGGUGUGUUAAACCAAGGUUUGGAAGAUUUAGGUUGAGAAAAAGAGUGAGGAAUGUACACCUCCAUGCUAGACACUAUCAGCUUUGUUGUGCGCUCAGCACACAAAGAUGAGUCUCGGACACGGAAGCAGUAGUCAUUCCAAGGAAAAUCAGCAAAAUAUGUCCUCAGGUCCCCCCAACUAGUAGAGGCAAAAUGCCAGAGGCACCUUCGCUUAGGGGGAUCCUGAGGAGGGAUUGGAGCGAUAGGACAAGAUACAGAUAUGAGAUUGUGAUCGGAGGAGCCCAAUGGAGAAGAAAGGGUGACAGCAUAAGCAGAAGGAUUAGAGGUCAGGAAAAGGUCAAGAAUGUUGGGCGUAUUUCCAAGACGAUCAGGAAUACGAGUAGAGUGUUGCACCAAUUGCUCUAGGUCGUGGAGGAUGGCAAAGUUGAAGGCUAGUUCACCAGGAUGGUCAGUGAAGGGAGAGGAAAGCCAAAGCUGGUGGUGAACAUUGAAGUCUC